AUGGCCAGUAAUAAGCCGAUGAUAUCGUUUGCCCGUAUUGUUUCUGGUGCAGCAGAUCCAUCUGACAGCAACAGUAAUAUCCAUUCAUCAUCAACUUCAACUGGGGGAUGCGUAUCCGUGAAUGUGCAUACCGCUAAUCAGAAUAAUAAUAUUAAUAAUAAUGAUAAUGGUAAUAGUAAUAGUGUUAGCGGUAUCAGCAAACAAUCAAAUCAACAGCAACAGAUAUCAUCGUCAAAUGAAGAUGCUUCGCUGAAUAAUAAUAAUAUUAAUAACAAUAGAAAUAAUUUGAGUAGUAAUGGGCCAGUCGGUGGGGCUAUGGGUAAUUGUAAUGGUAAUAAUGCUUCUGAUAGAAAGGACGCUAAGCAGCUGUCGCAGCAUUCAGAUUCGAAGCAUCAGUCGACCUCUUUAGCACAACCACAUCCACAUUAUUACAAUCGUCGAAAUAAGCCACCAAGAUACCGGAGCGAGAAGCAUCCCAAAGUGAAGGAUAGUGGCGUUCCGGCGGCAGAAAAAGACGAUUCGGAGGCAGUAAACACCCAACCGGUUCAGAAGGAAAUUGUCCUCGAACCAGCACCAUUGCCUGCUGUCAACGCUUGGUUCAGUAGACAGUCUUCGAAACGCACUGCUGAAGAGGGUGUAGAAUCAGCAAAAGUUGCUCAACAGACUCCGUCAGUAAACAGUACUCAAAAACAGUCCGUACCAGCCUUGCCAACUGCUCAACAACAAAAGAAGGUCGAAGUGAACGUAACCACAAAGCCAACGGCCACUGCACCGAGCAAAGAUGAUAUAAAGACUAAACCAAAAGCGGGUAUUGCAAUUAGCGUAAGUGCCACCUCUGCGGCGAUAACCAGCGAGCAAGCUGCCGUGCCGUCAAAUGUGCCUAUGCCUACAGUUGCGUCGGUUGUUACUGGGUUGCCUGUACCAGUGCAGAAACAGAACGAUAAUGAGGGAGUGAGGCAAGUUGAUGAAAAAGUGUGGCCAUCGUUGAAUGCAGCCGUACUUAGUGAUGAACAAAAAGCAGAUGAUGUGACGCCAGCUGGUGCGGUUGCGACCACAAAGGCGCAGAAUACAUCAGUAAGGCAAACACAAUCACUUGAUUCCGAAUCGGAUUCGGUCGAGAAAAAACACGAAAUCAACACAAACGAGGCGAAAUUGGAUAAGGAAAAAGAUAAGGAGAAGGAGAAAGGUAAAGAAAAAGAGAAGACGGAUGGCAGUACGGCAACACCUAGUAAUGCAUCAUCAAAAGGUGGAAAGGGUGCUAAAACAUGGAAGAAAGUUGACAUUGACGUGGAUUAUGCGGGCCGUGAAGGGCAGUCGAGACGUUCGAAUGCGGCUCUUUCAUCGAAUCGAAACGAUCACGGGCAAUCGUUACCAAGGAAUAGGCGUGGUGGACUGAAACAGCAACAACAGUCAGUAAAAGAUGCUUCUUCGGCUCAGUAUGUGAACAGCACAAAUUCGGAGAAUUUGAUAAAGGGUGGUGUGCCGAACGGAAUGCCCGGAUUGUUACCGCAGUCGGGCGCUGGCGUAUCACAGGCCCAGGGACAGCAACCGCGAUCGUUGAUGGGCUGUGCUCCGGUGUCACCUAAUGAUCUGAGGGCAAACGCUCAUAAUAUGACAACGUCGCUGACAACGGUUGGCAACAAUCAUUUGCUGCAACAAGCCACAAGCAACGACACGACAACUCAACAACACCAUAACGAGUACGUCGAAGAGAACUACUGGUGA